AUGAAGUUCAUAUCAUACUUUCUUUCAAUUGCUAUCCCAGCGACUACCGCAGCCAGCGUCUUUGCCGGCUCCAACCUCUACUAUGCUGCAGGCUUGACCUCCACGCAGCAGGAUACCCUGUUCACCGGUCUCCAAAGUGCAGGCGUAAAGGUCCUCCGCGUCUGGCUUGAUGGGCAGUCCAACGCCCAGAAAGGAACCCAGCUGAACCCAUUCCCCAGUCUCGAGGGCGACGCCCCCGGGACCUGGGAUGACACCGUCCUCAACCGCCUCGACGACGUCAUGUACAAGGCGCACCAGUACGGCAUCAAGCUGCUGAUCUCGAUCCAUAGCUACAAUGCGUUGUCUACCAACUCGGACUUUUACGGCAAGUGGUACGGCACCGGAGACUUCUACACCGAUACCCAUGCUAUCGCCUACUUCAAGAACCGCAUUGCCCAUGUGCUGGCCCAUGUCAACCCGCAUAAUGGGAAGACCUGGGCGCAGAGCUCGGAGUAUAUCUUUGCGUUUGAGGCGCAGAAUGAGGCGAUGCACGAUCAGGAAAACCCCUCUGCCCUGACAACCUGGCAAUGCACAAUGGCGCAAGCUCUGAAAAGCGGUCUCAACGGCAACACCGGCAUCCUAGUGACAACAGGCGGCGGCGCCUAUCUGGCCAACUCCCUGCUCGAUCCGUACUUCUCCUGCUUCGCACUGGACGUCCUCGCAAUCCACGCAUAUGGUACCAGCGACUUCACAACCAGCACGCUGAAGCCCUACGUCUCGAAAGCACUCGCCAGCGGGAAGAAGCUCAUCAUGCAGGAAUGGGGCGCGUGCUACUACGGCUCCGUGAACAACCGCUGCAACCCGAGCGCCCCACUAUCCCAGAGCAGUCGUGAUGGUAAUAUCAAGUCCUGGGCGAGCAGUAUUGCGGCGGCGGGUAUCCCGUGGUUUUACUGGCAGAUUUUGCCGAAUGAGGACCCGCAUCAUGAUUGGGAUUAUGAGGUCGGUAUUGAUGGGGUGAACUGGGCGGCGCUGCAGAGUGCUGGGAAUGCGGCGGCGAAUUAUACGGCUGCUUUUGAAUUUUUCCCCCUGGUUGUUGUAAUCGAUUUGGAGCAGCAACAUUGGGACCCCGACACCAACACCAAACUACAUAGAACUGUCCCCCUCGCAAGAUUCUUCCCUGAUAACACAUUUCAUCUCGGUCACUUUAUUGUAUUCCUUGCCCAAAGCCCCCAUCACAUACAAUUCACGCAAAUGGCCAGCCUAGUUUCCGUCCCCGUGACUCUCCCGGACGACAAAAUCCCGACUAAAACCAACAUCAGAGACAUUAUCGGCACAUUCCUAACAAACGAAUGGCCCUCUGCGGACCCAGAAACCCUUCGCAUGUCAUAUCGUGCAUCAUUUGCCAACGCGCACUGUCCCGUGGAGCGACCGAAGGCCGCACCCGAUACACCCACUGAACCGUUGAAAGUGUUUAUCAAAUUCCACCGCGACACCGCGGGGGAUCUCGAGAUCUUCAAGCACCUGGUCCCGACGAAACAGGAGGAGGCACUGUUCUGCUAUGAGUAUGGUCGCACGGGACUCGGAGCGAAGGUCUAUGGGUUUUUCAAGACACAGGAUGGCACGCUUGGGAGGGUCGAUGAGUUCCUCGAUGCACGCAACAUGCGGCCGGAGGAUGUCGAGAACGCGGAGAUCCGGGCGGAUGUUGCUAAGGCACUGGCGAUGUUUCAUACCCUGGAGUGUUCGUUGAAGAAAAGGCCAGUGGGAUCAUACUAUGAAACCAUCGUUGGUGGACUUGGGUGCUACCAUAAGGCGGACAAGUUGAAGGCGCUGGGAAAGGAGGGAGGGGUCAGGAUCGAUGAUCUAGUGGACUACGACUUUGGGACGAAGCUGCGGAAUGUCGUGGAGAAGCUGGAAUCCAUAGGAGGGAAGAAAGGAUGGUGCAUACAUGACGUGCAGUUCAUGAACGUGAUGGUCAGAAACGAGCCCAAGGACAGGGAGAGUCGAGUCGUCCUGAUUGACUUCGAGUUUGUGACGCAGAACUACCGAGCGUUUGACAUCGGUGGGCACUUUAUGCAAAAGAUGUUCCAAUGGUUUGACGAGGACAGCAGGAUGUCGGCUUGCAGGAAAUAUACAGAGGAAGAAAAGAGACACUUCUGUGAUGAGUACGCCAAACAAUGGAACAAGCAGACAGGUGAUUCAGAUACCGGGGCCCAGGUGUUCUUGGAAGCCGAGUACGGAUUUCUGCUGGCCAUUACUUUCGACAUCCACAACAUGCUGUGCUUCAUGGCGAAGCAAAACGACCGCAAUCCCCUGGAUUUGUUUGCGCUCAACAAGCUAUUCGACGAGUUUGUGGAGCAGUAUGCCAAGCUCGGCAUAGAAGAAUCGUGA